AUGGGUUUCAAAAAAGGAGAGUCAUCAUCAGCUUCUAAGAAUAAUGAGAAGAAAAAAACAGCACCAUCUUCAACCAAAGAUGAUAGUGAGCCAGUGAGGAAAAUAGGAGGUGGGCCGGGGAGAAAGCAACCUAAGAGAGCUGAAACUUACUCAGUCUACAUUUACAGAGUCCUGAAGCAAGUGCAUCCUGAGACUGGUAUCUCAAAAAGAUCCAUGAGUAUCAUGAAUUCCUUCAUUAACGAUAUAUUCGAGAAGAUUUCACUUGAAGCUGCAAAGUUGGUUAGAUAUAAUAAGAAGCAAACACUUUCAUCUAGAGAGGUCCAAACUGCAGUUAGACUACUACUACCUGGAGAACUUGCUAAGCAUGCAGUGUCUGAAGGCACCAAAGCAGUUACUAAAUACACAAGUGUAUGA